AUGUACCCUAUGCUGUCGGUCAUAACAGGUUUAUACUCUGAGAUGGUCGAUCUCGGGAAGAUACCGAUGUCCCACUAUGCGCUCCGCGUUCUAAUAGUUCAAAUCCCCUCAGAACAACAAGAGAGGCAAACUCCCUCACAGUCAAAUGAGCCUUCAAAUUGGUCGCCAUGGCGGAAUUCAAUAUCCUCACGCCGAAUGCCAUGCUGGGUUUGUGGCUAUGGCUACCGCCCGGAGCAUUUCUGGUAUGGCAUCGAGACGUUCAGUCCCAAGGCGAUCAUCGUCGACAGCGGCUCGACCGAUGGCGGCCCGUACAAGCUGGGAUUGAACAAGAUGACUUGCGGACGUGAUUCAUAUAUCCGCGACCUCACUCCAAUCCUGCAGGCUUGCUUCCACCGCAAGAUCAAGGUGCUGGUGAGCUCCGUCGGAGGCGACGGGAGUGAUAAGCAUGUCGAGGAAAUGCUGGAGAUGGUGCGCGAAAUCGCCAGUCGGCAUGGGCUCUCAUUCAAUGUCGCGACUAUCCGCUCCGGGGUGGAGAAAGAACUCAUCAAGGAGCACGUGCAGGGACACAAAGUCAGUGGGUGUGGUCCCGUCGAGGAGUUGACUGCCGACAGCGUGGAUCGCUCGAUUGAUAUCGUCGCGCAGAUGGGUGCAGAUCCAUAUCUCAAGGCUCUGGAGUCUGACCCUGACAUUAUCCUCGGAGGUCGUUCCUACGACCCUGCACCCUUCGCUGCUUUCUCGAUCUACCAUGGUGUCGAGCCGGGAGUGGCAUGGCAUAUGGGCAAGAUCAUGGAAUGCGGCCUCAUAUGUGCGAUCCCCAAAGGCCGGUCCAUGAUUGCCACCGUGCGCAAGGACUCGUUCGAUCUUACUCCCCUGUCACCCAAGGAGCGCUGCACUCCCCUCUCCGUCGCCGCGCACACUCUCUACGAGAAAACCAGACCGGAUCGCCUCCCAGGGCCUGGAGGUGUGCUUGUCCUUGACGAGGCCAGGUACGAACAAAUUACAGAACAGACAGUCCGUGUGCGUGGUGCACAAUUUCUCCCAACGCCGUACCAAGUGAAACUGGAGGCCGUCGAGAAGCUCGGGUAUCGCACCAUAUUCAUCGGAGGUAUUCGUGAUCCAAUCUUGAUCGGGCAAAUCGACGAGUUCCUCGCCCAGGUGCGUGAGUACUCGCAGAAACUGUUUCCAGAACUCGAUCAGUCACCGCACUGCCGACUCCUCUUCCACUUCUACGGCCGCAAUGGAGUCAUGGGGCCGCUAGAGCCUGCUCCGGUCAGUGCACAUGAGCUUGGGAUUUUGGGCGAGGUUAUUGCGCCGUCUCAGGAGAAGUCCUACACGAUCGCGAACAACGGGCGUGCAUCCAUCUUGCACAUGCCCUACAAGGGCCAGGUUGCAACCACCGGCAACUUUGCCUCGCCUCUAUCGCCACAUGAGACCGCCGCUGGGCCAGCAUUCCGGUUCAAUAUUUACCAUCUGAUGGACCUCGAGCAGAGCGAAGAGGUGUCGCUUUUCCCUGUAUCCAAUAUCCGUCUCGACAACCCGACCAAAGACGAGCAAGUCCCAGGUAUUGACGAGGCAACGCGCCUGCAGCUUGCUUCAGAGACCUUGGAGCCCGUAGAACCAAAAUCUAUUCCACAGGGCGAGUGCCAGAUGCUUGAUGUCGCUAAGGUGAUUCGAUCAAAGAACUCCGGUCCCUUUGAAUUGACUCUAGAUAUUAUGUGUGACUCGGAAGAGGCCUAUUCGAGGAUCAAAAGGGCAGGCGUUCUGACUAACGAGCGUAUCAUAGGCCUUUACCACCUUUCCAAAGAAAAAAUCAUUACGAACACGUUUUUCGAUCCCGCCUUGGCCUGGAAAUGCACCAUAAAACGGCCAUGGGAACAGGGCACUACCGGCGAGCGAGACACGCUGGGUACACAACAGCAUGCUCCUCUUCUGACCAUCCAGAUCCCGGACGAGUCUGGGCGUAAUAUGGUGUCUUCGCCGAGAUCUCAUCUGUCUGCUCGUGGCUCUGUCGAGCACAUCUGGAAAGGCCUGGGACUCCCAGAAGAUGCGCUCAAGUCUCUUGAUAUUACCGGUGACCAGCUCGGUCUACCGUCGUCGUUCAAGAUCGGACACCUCGCUCAAGCCUCGAUUGCUUUGUCCGGUUUGCUUGCAUCUCAGAUUCAUGCCCUGCGAAACAAAACAGCGCCUCCGAGGGUGACGGUGCCUCUGCAACACGCUGUCGUCGAGUUCAAAUCAGAGCGACUUUACACAUUAGCCAACAGUCCCGCGCCAUCACCCUCGAGUCAUAUUGGCGGUCUGCACAAAACUUCAGAUGGCUAUGUUCGUCUGCACGACUCCUUCCCCAAUCAUCGAGACGGGGCCAAAGAACUCCUCGGCUGUGUCCAGGACGCUACCCGCGCGGACAUCGCUGCCAAAAUUUCUCAUUGGAAGUCUGUCGAUCUGGAAAGUGCAGCAUUCGACUCAAGUCUUGUGAUCUCCGCCCUACGAAGCUAUGAUCAGUGGGAUGUGCUCCCGCAAGCCAAAGUCAUCGCCGACUUCCCAAUCCUACUCCACAAAAUCGGCGACGCACCAGCCGGUCUUCCCUCGCAAGCAUCAGGAUCAAACGCAGACAAAUGCCUGCGAGGGCUACGCGUGCUCGAAGUGUCUCGAGUGAUUGCCGCGCCAUUAGCAGGCAAGACCCUUGCAGCACACGGUGCUGACGUCCUCUGGGUAACGAGCCCAAACCUGCCCGAUCUGCCCAUCGUAGACCGCGAUUUCGGGCGUGGAAAACGGACCAUCCAGCUAGACUUGCAGAGGGAAACAGACCAAGAAGAAUUAUCAACGCUGCUAGCCGGUGCAGACGUAUUCAUCCAGGGCUUCCGACCAGGCAGCCUCAGCUCGCGCGGACUCUCUCCCACCGAGCUAGCAGAACGAUUCCCAUUUCGCGGGAUCAUCUGCGCCAACAUGUCCGCGUACGGGCCCAACGGACCGUGGGCGCAGCGACGCGGGUUCGACUCGCUGGUGCAGACAUGCUCUGGGAUGAACGUCUCCGAGGCCGAGCACUUCGGCGCCGGCGAAGCGGCGCGCCCGACGCCCUGUCAGGCGCUGGAUCACGCCGGCGGAUACUUCCUAGCGUCGGGGAUUAUGGCCGCGCUGUACAAGCAGGCGACCGAGGGGGGGGUCGUGGCAGGUCGAUGUCUCGCUUGCUGGCGUUAUGAAACCCCGGACUAUACUUGUACGACGGAUGUUCCUCCUGAACUUUUGGAGACGCGCGAGACUGGGUUUGGGGAGAUGACUGCCGUGCGCCAUUCUGUUUCUAUUGAUGGGGUGGCGGUUGGGUGGGAUGUUAUGCCCAUGCCGCUGGGAUCGGAUGCGAAGAAGUGGUUGUGA